AUGGAGUCAGUCCAUCAUGUAUCGGCGUCAUCGAAAAUCCUCUUCGGCAAGGUGCGCAAGAUUGUGCCGCCGAUGCUUGAGAAAUUCCACAAAGGACAACUUGGACGCGUAGCGGUCAUUGGAGGCUGUGCUGACUAUACGGGAGCCCCAUACUUCUCAGCUAUAGCAUCUGCAAAACUCGGAUGUGACAUGAGCCAUGUUCUCUGCGAACGUUCCGCAGCCCCGGUCGUCAAGAGCUAUUCUCCAAACUUGAUGGUGCAUCCAUUGUUGCCCAGUACCGACACGGUCAGGGAUCCUAAGUCAAUUGACGCUCCGGCGCUUGCGGGCCCCAUUAUUUCCAUGCUCUCACGCUUGCAUGCGCUGGUCAUUGGACCGGGACUCGGCCGUGACGGGGUCACGCUCAAGGUGGUCACGGAGGUGAUCAAGGAGGCCCGGUCACGGUCGAUCCCGUUCAUACUGGAUGCAGACGGACUGUUGAUUGUGACAGAAGACCCCAAUCUCAUCAAGGGCUAUAAAGAGUGCAUCCUGACUCCGAAUGUCGUUGAGUUUGGUCGUCUGGCAAAGGCCUUAGGUGUCAAAGUGGCCAGUCAGGUCGAUAUUGCAAAAGACGGGAAUGGCGACAAGACCAGCAAGGAGUCGGAUGCGUGCGAGGAGCUGUCCAAAGCUUUAGGUGGUGUCACAAUUCUCCAAAAAGGUCCCCACGACGUGAUCUCAAAUGGAGUCACCAGCAUUAUUUCCGAUAUCAAAGGGGGUCUGAAGCGCAGCGGUGGACAGGGGGAUACCCUGACAGGAUCCCUUGGUACCCUGCUCGCCUGGCGAGCUGCCUACCACAACAAGCUGUGGGACUCGGGAGAGAAAGACAACGAGAAGGAGGCGCAGAGCAGGGAUGAUGUCCAGACGGAACUAGAUUCCGAGGGCAAGCGAAUGUCUCCGACAACAACCCUUCUUCUGGCUGCAUGGGCAGGUAGUAGCAUUACGAGGGAAUGCUCACGACGAGCCUUCGAGGCCAAGGGGCGGAGCAUGCAGGCUAGUGACCUAACUGACGAGGUGCAUGAGAGUUUCUUGAGGCUGAUUGGAGAGCCCGAGGAUUCCAAGACACAUCUCUAG